ACACUCUCCACUCUCCUCCUCCUCCUCUUCUUCAUCUUCCAUAAACCACAACCUCGACUUCAAAUUCCGCUCCACAAUUCCCCGGCCAAAUCUACGCCUCAAACUCACACAUCAUGUCUUCCUCCGUCGCAUUCAAGUCCUUCACCGGCCUCCGCCAGUCCCCCGCCGUCGUCGGCCCACCACCGCCCUCCUCCACCCAGCUCUCCCUCCCCAACUCCCUCACCACCACCUCCCACCGCUCCCGCCGCUCCUCCUCCCUCCAAAUCGCCGCCGCCCUCUCCAGCCCCACCCUCCCCAACCGCAAGCUCCGCGUCGCCGUCAUCGGCGGCGGCCCGGCAGGCGGAUCCGCCGCCGAAACCCUCGCCAAAGGCGGAAUCGAGACCUACCUCAUCGAACGCAAGAUGGACAACUGCAAGCCCUGCGGCGGCGCCAUCCCACUGUGCAUGGUCGGCGAGUUCGACAUCCCGCUCGACAUCAUCGACCGGCGGGUGACGAAGAUGAAGAUGAUUUCCCCCUCGAAUGUCGCCGUCGACAUCGGCCGGACGCUGAAGCCCCACGAGUACAUUGGGAUGGUGAGGAGAGAAGUGCUCGACGCUUACAUGAGAGAGCGGGCUGAAAAAUUUGGGGCCAAUGUCAUCAAUGGGCUGUUUCUGAAGAUGGAUUUGCCGGAGAAAGGCAGCCGGAAUGUCGAAUCGCCGUACGUGCUGCACUAUACGGAGUACGAUGGGACCGUCGGCGGGACCGGGCAGAAGAGAACCCUAGAGGUCGAUGCUGUGAUUGGCGCCGAUGGGGCUAAUUCCAGAGUCGCCAAGUCGAUCGGCGCGGGGGAUUAUGACUACGCCAUUGCUUUCCAGGAGAGAAUCAAGAUCCCUGAUGAGAAGAUGGUGUACUACGAAAACCUAGCCGAAAUGUACGUUGGGGACGAUGUAUCCCCUGACUUCUACGGCUGGGUAUUCCCCAAAUCGGACCACGUCGCCGUGGGAACGGGCACCGUGACACACAAAGGCGACAUCAAGAAGUUCCAGCUGGCCACGAGGAACAGAGCCAAGGACAAGAUCCUAGGAGGCAAGAUCAUUCGAGUGGAGGCGCACCCGAUCCCCGAGCACCCUCGACCACGCAGGAUUCUAGACAGGGUAGCUCUGGUGGGUGACGCGGCAGGGUACGUGACGAAAUGCUCAGGUGAAGGGAUAUACUUUGCGGCGAAGAGUGGGAGGAUGUGUGCUGAGGCGAUCGUUGAAGGGUCCGGGGAAGGGAAGAGGAUGGUGGAAGAGAGUGAUCUGAGGAAGUACCUUGAGAAGUGGGACAAGGCGUACUGGCCGACGUACAAGGUGCUCGACGUGCUGCAGAAGGUUUUCUACAGGUCGAACCCUGCGAGGGAGGCGUUCGUGGAGAUGUGCGCCGACGAGUAUGUGCAGAAGAUGACGUUCGACAGCUACUUGUACAAGAGGGUUGUGCCGGGGAAUCCAUUGGAGGACUUGAAGCUUGCUGUGAAUACCAUUGGGAGCCUGGUCAGGGCCAAUGCGCUGAGGAGGGAGAUGGAGAAGCUUACCUUGUGAGUAAAGCGUUAGGGAGACGGAGGAGCGUGGUUGUUUAAAGCUGGAAGCAAAUUAUGUAAAUGGAGAUGGGAUGGGAAUUCUGUGGUUCUACCAUUGCAAUCGACCUAGCCAGAAUUUUCUUGUAGGUUCUUGGUUUGAUUGUCUUGAAUGCAACUAUGCAAGCAAUCAACAUGGUAGUAAGGAUUGAGCGUGAUGUAGCUUCUCUUGCCUGUUCUGAAUUCGAGUUGAGAAUCUAUGGGUAAAAAACUGUAAUGAUUAUAUCACUGCAGUAAGCAGAUUUCCCUUCCCUGCAAAAAUCGAUCUUUUGAUUGCAUGCAAUAUGUUUGAGUGCCCAACAAGGCAUCAUAGAGAAUGGAUCCACAGCGGAAUUGGCCACAGUUCCCAC